UUUUAGCUAUAAAAACUUGCCCAUUUCCUUCACUUUAUUAAAAAAAAAACCCCAAAACUUCUCACUUUCUCUCAAAUUAACACUACAAAAACGCAAUCAAUCUAAGAAAAUUAUAAUGGAUUCAAGUAAUUCUUCUUCAAGAACACGAAGAUCGCCGUGUUUUAUCGAGGAAGACGACGGAUUAGCCUCUGUCGCCGGUAUGGAAGCUGGAAUUUCCGGCCAAAAUCACCACCACCACCACCCGUUUUUCUCCAGGUCACUGUGUUGCUACGGGAAGAGAAAUAGUAUGAAGAGUAUGACGUCGCCGUCUUCGUCGGUUGUUUCUUCUCCGAGAUCUGUUAGAUUUUACGACGCCAGAUCUGAAGAUUACUAUCUUUAUCAUCAUCAACCUCAUUUCUUAGAAUCUUGCUUUCUUUGCAAGAAACCUCUCGGGGGUAAUAAAGACAUCUUCAUGUACAGAGGGGACACUCCGUUUUGUAGUGAAGAGUGUAGACAAGAGCAAAUUGAAAUAGAUGAAGCUCAAGAAAAGAAUUGGAAUUUAUCUUCUUCAAUGAAAGCAUUAAAGAAUAAAUCAUCAAAUUCUCCAUCUAAAGCUCAGAAUUAUCCUUCAAGAGCAGGCACUGUAGCUGCUGCUUAAAUUACCUAUAAAUAUAUUAUAGAGUUUUUUUUGCUUUUUUUUUCCUGUUUAUGAACAUUUCCACUCAUAAAAAAAAAGGAAUUGUAGAAGUAAAAGUGAGAAAAGGAAAACUUGUAAUAUUAUGGUUUAUUGUUAAUUUUUCACUACCAAGUUAAUGAGCAAGUUGAAAAGAAAGGACUAACAAUGUCCAUUUUGAGGAUU